AUGUACUCCAUCCCGUGGGUGGCGCUGCUGAUAGUGCCUCCCUUUCUCUUGACAGCGAAGUACGUCUACAGACUGCUACUGAGUCCGUUAUCCUCCUUCCCAGGUCCUCGCUUCGCGGCUUGCUCCAAGCUCUUUGAAGCCUACCACGUCCUCAUCAAAAACGACUGGCUGGAGACGCUCGAAGCGCUUCAUCAAGAACACGGGUCUGUUAUCCGAAUCGGCCCAAACGAAAUCCAUUUCUCUGAUCACCAGUUCUGCCUACAACACCAUAAGCGAGCCGACCUGUACAAAUGUGACAAUUACUAUGGCAUUUUGAGCUAUCUCCUGGGUGGAUUUGCCGACCCAGCCCACCAUAAGAACCGCAAGGCCAUUAUUCAACCUUUGUUUAGUGGUCGAACACUGGCUGAUUUCUCCGAUUCGGGCAUGAGUGCUCACCUGGACACAUUGGUGGAUCGACUUUCUAAAUCCAGCAAUGACACAGUCAACAUAACCCACACUCUUUGGGCCUUCACCACCGAUGUGAUGAUGACCUAUGUCCUCGGUAUUGAUCCUGGAUAUCUGAAGUCUGAGGACCUGAAAGGUGUACACGACUCUACCCGAGCUUUCAGUGCAAUCGACUUGGCUACGGUUCUCCGAUCGAUGCCACCAUUGAAGAUGGUAUUCGACUGCAUCCCGUCACUGCGUUGCUUCUCUCCACUGGGCUGGAUCGACCAGAAAAUUAGUAACAAUCUGGAACUCAUCAAGUCGAACUCCGUUCACAAGAAGACUGAAAAGUCCGUGCUAGCUAUCCUUUCUCAGCAAUUGCCCGAAGAACGCGUCCUCAUCCACGAGCUUGCUCAAGCAGUGUUCAUUGGAAAUGAAUCCCUCUUGAGUAACCUGACCGUCCUACUGCAUCACUUGAUCAAAAACCCCGAGUGUAUCGGUCGUAUACGGGCUGAGCUUGAUGAGCUUGACGUCGGCUUAUACGGGCAUCGCAUCUGGCGUGACCCCAAGGUCAUUCGUCUCAAGUACCUCACAAGUCUCAGCUUCACACUCAAGCUCCUGGAGCACGAUCCCACACUGUAUCCUGAACCGCUCAAAUUUAAGCCAGAGCGUUGGCUAGAGACCAAUCCCGAUUCUUCGGCCAUGAAAAGAUCGUCUGUAACGUUUGGAACCGGUACCCGGACGUGUCUGGGCCAAUUCAUCGCCCAACAAGUUCUUCGGAGGACUGUGGCGGCGCUCGUGUACAUCUUUAGCAUGUCGUUCGCUGACGAAUUGGCUGACGAGAGGGGAGGUUACACAUACCUCAACACCUACCCCAAGAAGGGCCACGAAGGUUACCUAAGGCUUCAUUUUACCCCUAGAUUUAGCUCCUGA